AUGCAAUUCAGAACUGUUAUCAUUGCUUUAACCGCUGCUGCCGUUGUCUCUGCUGCCAAUGAAACUGCUAACGCAACCAACACAACCACAUCUCCAAGUGGCGCCGUUGCUGGAUUAUCUGGUAUAAAUGUUGCUGGUGUAGCUGCUGCUGCUGCCGCUGACAUGAGGGCUGAUGUGAGCGAUAUAAACAAAGCGAUUUUUAUUCUCUACAUCUUCAGUAGCCAAGAGGAACUUGCAUUGAAGCGCUUUGAAGUCAACAAAACAAUCUUCACAGUAGAGAAAGUGCUAGGUUCUUGUAAAUGA